UAACAAUUCAUACUCACGCAUCAUACACAUUUACACACACUACAUAUUGCUCUCUCGAAAGUCACGUGGAAGUAUAUCCAGUUGUUUGUGUAUUAACUGUUACUACUAACUAGAGACCAUCAACCUUGUAGGCCAAAUAUAUCGGAUUUCUGUAUUGUCAGGCCAGGCCAAGUUUGGGUCAGCUCCUAAUGUUACUUAUAUAACCACCCAUGAUACGGUUCCCCGGAUUGUCUUUUUUUUCGUGGAGUAUAUACUAAGGAAUAACUAGGCCUCUGGUCUAGGCCGUACGAGGAAUCAGCAGUUGUACGGGAGAGGAGGCUGUCAGCUACCACAGAAGGAGGAUGGCCUCAACUUCAGAUGGAGCGCCAAAGCAAGAAGAUAGUAUGUCUAACAACGAAACUCCUCGCGAACAGGAGAGUAUGACUUAUGAAGAAGCCGUCAGGGAAGGGUUUGAACAGAUGGCAAUAGAUGCGGACGGAAAGAAGGUGGAUCCUCGUAAGGCCGCCGGCUCUCAGAAUGAGGGUGAAUUAUACACGGGCAAGUGCAAAUUUUUCAAAGUACACGAAGGAUAUGGAUUUUUGUCCCCUGACGACGGAACAGGAGACGUUUUUGUGCACCAGUCUGUCGUAAAGAAGCCUGGGUUUAGGAGUUUAGAAAAGAACGAAGCAGUCGAAUACCGAUUUAAUUUUUCUGAUCAGGGACGGGAAGCUACGGUAGUUACCGGACCAGAUGGGGCCGACUGUAAAGGAAAUAGGCCUCGAUCAACAAGGUGCUUCAACUGCGGAGAACAUGGUCAUUAUGCAAAAGACUGCACUUCUCCGCCUCUACCAAAGAGAUGUCAUUUCUGUAAGUCGGAAGAUCAUUUAGUGGCGGCCUGUGAAGAAAAGAAGAAAGCAAGAGCUAAUCAAGUUAAAAUCGCCGCGAAAGGAACUCGGCCGAAAGGUGACGACGACGAACCUGAAGAAAAAUCGGAAGAAUCUAGUGAAGGACAGACAACAGUACAAAACGAUUCCUAGGACGGACGUAACAACAUGAAUGCGUCAAGUAUGCGCCAACCAUUUUCAUGUUAAUAAGAGGCCCUUGCUAAUGUAUUCUACAAAAUCUUGGUUUGAUUGUGGAAUUUGCUUUAGUCUGUCCCAAAAGAAAUCGACGGCAGAGCGCUCCAAAACAAAACGACGAUAAUAUAUUAAUUCUAUGCUUGUGGAUCGUGUCAUUUAAAAUGCAAUCGUCAAUUUAUACAUGAACACCACUAGUAUUAGCUUGAUCUUGAAAGCACUAAAAAUUGAUGUUAUUUCUUUGAUUGUAAAGUUGUAAACGUUCCAUGAUCGACCCAUUUGUUGCUAAAUCACGGGAAGCUCCGUUAAUUCUUUCAGUUUCAGAAUACUACAAAACUAUUAUUUAUUUAUUUAUUUAUUAUUAGACCUUCUACGAGUGAAGCCUUACAAAUCAAUAUUUAAUAUGCUUACAUUAUAUAGGCCUAUUCAUUGAGUUAUAUUAAUUGAAAUUAGUUCCCAGAUUUCCGUUGUGGGAA